GCCCGAUUUCUAGUUCCAUCUGUCGAUAGUCAGCGGGUUUCAUGCAAAGCCCGCUAUAGUUCUUGAGCAUAUGAGAACAAAGAUGGAGGGGGGAUGGUUGUGGCUUAAAGGCCUUCCAUCGAGAUCACUAGCUAAUGUGUAUGAGAUUUAUAGGCAAACCACAAAGAUUGCAACAGAUGAUCCAAGAAAGCUGAUCCAUUCGUUCAAAGUCGGCCUUACACUCACAUUAGUUUCAUUUUUCUACUACUUUCGGCCUUUAUACAACAGUUUUGGUGUUUCUGCAAUGUGGGCUGUUAUGACUGUAGUAGUCGUCUUUGAAUUUUCCGUUGGUGCAACGCUUGGAAAAGGGCUAAACAGAGGAUUGGCAACAUUGGUCGCCGGUGCUCUUGGCGUUGGAGCAAAUCACCUGGCAAGUCUAGCUGGCAAAACCAGUGAACCGAUACUGAUUGGUCUAUUUGUCUUCAUACAAGCUACAGCAUCCACGUUCGUACGAUUCGUUCCGACGGUGAAGGCUAGAUAUGAUUACGGCAUGCUGAUAUUCAUCCUCACUUUCAGCCUGGUUUCCAUAUCUGGUAUUCGGACAGACGAAAUACUCAACCUGGCUCAGAAGAGGCUGUCGACAAUACUCAUUGGUGCAUCAACCUGUGUGAUCAUAUCCAUUUGCGUCUGCCCCGUAUGGGCCGGCGAAGAUCUCCACAACCUCGUUGGUCGAAACGUAGAGAAACUCGGGAGCUUCUUGGAAGAUCUAACAGCUGAGAAUUUCAGACCACCGUCGGAGGCUGCACAAACAGAGAAUGGUAGUAGUGGAGUUUCUGUAAUGAGCAGGUUGAACAGUGUUGUUGAUUCGAAAAGCAGCGAAGAAACAUUGGCCAAUUUUGCUAGGUGGGAACCAGGUCACGGCCGGUUCAUGUAUCGGCAUCCAUGGAAACAGUACGUGAAGAUUGGAAACUUGACAAGGCAGUGUGCCCGCCGGGUUGAAGCCCUCCUCAAUGCCUACCUUAACUCUAAAACUCAAGCGGCGGAAGAAAUCAGAGGGACAAUCCAGGAGGCAUUUUCAGGCAUGAUUUCAGAGUCAGGGAAAGCGUUAAAAGAAGUCGCGUCAGCCAUGGAAACAAUGAGCAGGCCACCCUCUCCCAAUCCCCAUCUCGCCAACCUGAAAAUCGCGUCCAAGAACCUGAAAUCAUUACUAAAGUCGGAUUUCUGGGAAGGGUACAGCAACCUCUCGCAGGUAAUACGGGUUGCUUCCGUUGCGUCGCUGCUGAUCGAUCUUGUUGUUUGUGUGGAGAAGGUUGCUGAUGGUGUCAACGAGCUGAGCUCCAUGGCGAAUUUCAAGUGCAAAGAUGGAAAUAACGUGAAUUUCCGACAGGUUUUGGUGGAGAUUCCGAGUGUUAGUCAUGUCGGAAAUGAUGAGGUUAAGGUAGAAGGGAGAUUGUCUACCGAGGUUGAUAGACAAAUUUUGAACGCAUAGAUGUGGAAUGAGAUGCUGCGUUCUUAAGUUUAACCAAAUCUUAUGUUGGAUUUCAAUCACUCAUAUAAUAAAUAUAAUUAUAUUUGUUUAUA